AUGGAAAAUUGUAUUGGACCCGUGUGGGAUUUGAUAAAACUGAUGUGGGCUCCUGUUGGUCGCCGGAUACAGCUUGCCAGAAGACUAGGUGAGAAGAUAGAAAACCUUGACGCGGAAGCUCGAUAUUUAUCAAACCGAAGACAAGACAUCGAAAGGGAACUCUCAAGUGAUGAUGAUAAAGUGCCUAAUGCAGUAUUUAAAGGUUGGAUUGAUGAUGUGGAAAAGAUUGAACAACGUAGACGUGAGAUUAAAGAUGAGUAUGCACAAAAUAAGAAAUGUCUGUUGGGUUUGUUUCCUGAUAUAAAAUGGCGUAUGAGUUUAGGUAAGUGUAUUGAGGAAGCAGUUGUUCGUAUUGGUGAGCUCCAAGAGAUGUCAAAGUUUGAAGGAGGCAUUGUUCUUGAUGCACCGCCACCUGCUGCUGAGUUUUUGCAGCUGCCGAGGACAAUGGAGCCUGCACCAAUUAACCGUACUUUGCAGAAGGUAUUGGCACACAUAAGAAGUGAAAAGAUCCAUCAGAUAGGAAUUUGGGGAAUGGGUGGUGUGGGGAAGACAACUGUACUGAAAGCUUUGAAUAACUUAUCGGAGAUCUCAAUAACUUUUGAAAUUGUCAUAUGGGUUACGGUCUCAAGUCAGGGGAGUGUUGAGAAGAUUCAAAAGGAUGUUGCAAAGCGUUUGUCAGUUGAUGUAAACGAUGCAGAUCCCAUUCACACAGUCGCAAACAAAAUCUACCAAAAUCUGAGAUCCAAGAAGUUCUUGUUGCUGCUGGAUGAUGUAUGGAGAAGCUUAGAUUUGGGCGAUAUCGGCAUCCCUAAUCUUAACGAGCAAGAAAAAGAGGGACUGACUGGUGGUGCAAAAUCUAUAAUCGAUGGCUAUAAUAAAGGUCGUGACCUAUUGAAUACUCUUGUUCAAAAAUCUUUGUUGGAGAAGGUUGGAUACUCUCGUUGUAGGAUGCAUGAUUUGUUACGGGAUCUAGCAUUAAUUAUCACAUCGCCAAGAGGAAAUAAUGACAACAAGUUUUUGGUAAGAGCUGGUUUGAGAGAUGGAUGGUAUGGAAACGAGGAGGAAUGGAAGCGAAUGAAACGCAUUUCAUUGAUGAGUAACGCAUUGGGCACUUUACCCGAAUCUCUGGAUUGUCCUAUUCUUUCAACAUUGUUUCUCCAACAUAAUUUGCGGUUACAGACGAUUCCGAACAAGUUCUUUCAGCACUUGGCAGAGCUUCGAGUUUUAGACCUAUCGUACACCAGCAUCAGAUCACUACCAUCAUCUAUUAGCAGUUUGGUGAAUCUUCAAGGGCUAUAUUUGAAUAAUUCUGAGGCUCUUGCAGAGCUUCCAUCUGAAGUGGGAUCUCUAAAGAAGCUCGAAGAACUUCAAAUGAUUGCAGUUGCGGUCCAGCGCUUACCAUUUGAUAUCAUGAAUUUGAAUCGUCUUAUUAGUUUUAUAUUUUCAACUGCUUACCACCUUAUCACGACGGUGGAUAUUCCUGCUGGGGUGAUAAAAAGUCUCAUCUCAUUGGAGCAACUGCAAAUUGGUGUGAAGUUGUUGCAGUCUGCGCACGUUGCUAUGCUGGAUGAGGUGGCUUGUUUGAGAAAUUUGACUAAAAUUCGUCUCUCUUUUCCGAAGGCCUCAGAAUUUGUUAUGGUGUGGAGCUGUGAUGACAUUGAGAUUCUUGCAAAUGGGGAUGAGUCAGAAGGAGGCGACAUUUUAGCUGAUUUGGAGAAUUUGAAGUUGAGCUGUUUGCCGAAACUGAGAGCAAUAAUAGAAGGGCAACCGUCAAUAAGAAGCUUCUCAAAUCUCAAUUCUUUGAGAUUGGACACAUUUACCUGCGAUCGGCUUGAAGAUAUUUUUGAAGAGAAUGAGAUUGAACCUGAGAUGAUCAGAAGUGAUGGUCAUCAGCUCCCAAGGUUGGAGCUCUUAGAACUUCAAUCUCUCCCCAAACUCGUCAGUAUUGAUAAGAUUGUGUCAUUGGCUUCCGCCUCAAUAGAGGAAAUCUGGAUUCGCAAAUGCAUUAAUGUAAAAUCUCUUCCUAGUAGCCUGGUUGAUGCACCAAAAUUAAGGAAGAUUGGAGGUAGCAGCAGUGAAUGGUGGGAUGAAGAACUAGAGUGGGAAGAUAAUGCAAUCAAGCACCGACUACAACUUCUUCUCUCUGUUCGAUAG